UGCUACUGAGGCUGGAGGAAGUCAGCCGUUAACGUGAACUAGCACCAGAUGCUGAUAUGUCACUACUCUUCCGAUGACUCAUUUUCUUGGAAUGACGCUCAUUGUAAAGACCACAUAGCAGCACACGAUGGAUUCCUCUGAAGCAGAAGCUUCAACCCACAGUGAAAGAAAAGAAGACACUGUUCCCAGUACUUCAAAUUUAUCAGGUCAAGGAGAAGAGGGACCAAAGUCAGAGAAGGCAUCUUUGAAGAGGAAGUCUCGUGAGCCAACAAAUGCGAAAUCAAAGAAGCAAAAAAAGGCAAGAGUCUCCAGGCCUGCCCAGCUCGGCUACACUGUCCAUCAAGGGGAAGAUAUGCUUCUCGUCAUAUCAAGCACCACCUCUCAGUAUGAUGGUUCAGCCUGGACGCCCCAGAAGAAGGGAAGCAAAAAGAAAAAGCCUACUAAAAGAAAGUUAAAAGGCAACCAGGUAAAGAAAAAAAAGAAGAUCUGUGCCAAACCUAAACCUGCAAUUGAUCCAGUUACAAAGACGGAGGAGGACGUUGCUCUGUUUGUGCCACAGAAAGCAAUGGACCACAGAUGGGGUCAAAGUCUUCCUGAGGAGGUGCUAAUUAAUAUUUUUCAGAUGGUGGUCGUCCAAGAUGGUGCUGUACCAUUUUUAUGCAGGGUGGGGAGAGUUUGUCGACUGUGGAACGCCGCUGCCUCCAGUCCGGUCCUGUGGCGUGAUGUGACUGUGGGUUUCUGCUGGAUCGCACCAGGGAAAAACCAGCUCCCUAAAACUCAGAAGAAGAUUAAGGACACUGUUAACUGGCUGGCAGAAAACAGAUUUUCUCAGCUGCGAGACUUUUCUCUCUGUCACUGGACAAAGAACGUUAACCAUGCAGUAGAGGUUGUUUCGCAGUUCUGCCCUCAGCUGCGCUCCCUCAAACUCUCUUACUGCACAGGCCUGACAGUGGGGGCCUUCCAAAGCCUUGGUCUGCACUGUCGGUCUCUGCAGAGCAUAAACUUCCAGUAUUCAGAGUUUCAGGUUGAGGGACUCCUGGAGUACCUAGAACAUCAUGGGAGCCAGAUCAAGCAAAUCUGGUUCACUCAUGGACUGAAGAAUGACAGACUUCUGACUGCCAUAACUAGAGGAUACUGUCCGGAUCUGGAGUUGCUAGAGAUCAACACAAAGCUUGACAGUAAAGACUGUGAACUUUCUGUCUAUAUCCAGGCGCUACAGAUGGCAUGCCCCAAACUCAAGACCUUCCGAAUGCUGAACGUCAGACCUCUGCACAAGACGAUGCGUAGCGGAGCCAAUUCAGCGCCAGGCUUCCCAUUACUGGAGGAGCUGUGUAUCGCGACCACGUCUUAUUCCUACAUGACCGACAAAGAUUUGUGGGACAUCCUGUUCGGCUCCACGAAGCUGCGGGUGCUGGACUUGCGAGGCUGUUCGCGAAUAACACCAUCUGGUCUUGCGACAUUGCCCUGCCUUGAGCUUGAGUGUCUGUUUUGGGGACAGUACUUCAGCAGCCAUGUCGGGUUGUCAUCACUGAAGAAGGGACUUCACGUGGUGACCCAAAAGUGGAGUCAGACUUUGCAACAGCUUGACAUUGCAAAUCAGCUCUUCACUGAGGAGGACUUGGAGAUAGCAAUGAGUUAUCUUGCUGGGACAACAGAAGCAGAUACCCUGCGUUCACUCAACCUUAGUGGGACAAGGAUCACACCAUCUGCCCUUAGGUCAGUCAUCGGCCAAAUGACAGCUCUUAGCUACCUCAACCUCUCAUCCUGCCGUUAUCUUCCCAGAGGACUUAAGAGAAUUUACCGUGGCCAAGAAGACAUUCGCCAGCUGCUGGAAAAAUUGUAGUAUAGUUCAGAUAUUCAUUUCAUUCCGGAAAUCAUAAACUGAAUUUACAAAGCACACCUGAAAUGUCUUUAAAUACUCCUGUCCAUGGAUUAUGUUGUUUAAGUAAUUUGGUUAUUUUACCCUCAGGUGUUGUUGUUGUAGUGUAUAUAUUGCUUUAUAUGUACACUACUGGUCAGAAAGUUUUAGAACAACCCAUUUUUCUAGUUUUUAUCAAAAUUUCAGCAGCUCAAGUCCAGCAAAUAACUUUAAAUGGUGCAAAAGUAAGUGGUAAACUUCCAAAGGUAAAAUACAAUAAAACUAUGUCACCAAAAAGUGAAAAAUCAUCUAAAUUUCAUAGGGAUCUAGGGAUUAAGGAAUUGCUAAACUUCCAGCUUUCCUGCAGAAAUUGAAGUAAAUUAAGCACCAACUUUUGUUGAUUACUCACACAGUGUUGCAACAAACUUAAUAAAACAAUGUUUCAUUUCCAUUGUAGAAAGAACGCCACAGGUGUGUUGUGCUGCUAGAUGAGUCAAAAAGGAUUUAGAAUUUAAGAUUGUAUGAUUCUUAAAUUUUAAUUAUUUAUUUGUUCUAGCCUUUAAUAUCAGAGUACACUGAUUUAUUACACUCUAAAUUUCAGUAACAACUGGAAAAAUGGAGGUGUUCUAAAAACCUUUGACCGGUAGCGUUGUUGUUCAAACAAAACAGAAGCAAAUACACUCCUUAUUGCUAGAAAGCAGAAAGCUAGGGGCUAGGAAUCCAGUGAGAAAACCUAUUGGUGCUGUAUGAAUGUCAGUUAGAACACAUUUAUAUGAAUCACCUCAAUCAUAAACCUACAGGGACAUUUAAUCUAUACCCGGAUUUCUGGGAUUUUCAUAUUUUAGUCUUUUUUAAAGUUACCAUAAUUCCAAUCAAAAGUUUGCCAAUAAAUAUUUGAAAAUAAUAAAAUGUUC